AUGAGGCCAGACCAGAGCAUCGCCAUCCAAUUCGGCUGCGUUCCAGAAAGUACACAAGAAAGGCUUUUAUUUCAAGAUGACAGAUGGCCUCAUGAGAGCUCAAAUGACUGUGCCGCUUCUCCUUGUGUGCUCAACGCUACGUGUAUCGACCUUGUGAACGACUACGAAUGCCAAUGUCCCAAAGGCUUCAAGGGGAAACGUUGCAAUAUCAAGGAGGACCUAUGUGCGACGGCCCCAUGUGUCCAUGGACUCUGUGUGGACACACUUUUCGAUCGUCGUUGUAUUUGUGAAGAAGGAUGGACAGGAGAGAAUUGCGAUGUGAACAUUGAUGACUGUGCAGCUCAACCGUGUCAGAAUGGCGGAACGUGCACAGAUGAGCUUGCUGGAUUUUCUUGCGCUUGUCCAAUGGGCUAUCGUGGAGUGCGAUGCCAACAUCUCGUGGAUCACUGUUCUACUUCACCUUGCAGAAAUAAUGCAACAUGCGAAAACCUCGGUGCAACGUAUCAUUGCGCUUGUCCGGUUGGGUUUGAUGGAACACAUUGCGAACACAACAAAGAUGAGUGCAUUCUGGGACGAUGCGACAAAAAAGGAACGGAGAGUUGUGAGGACGGCAUCAACUCCUUCACUUGCCUAUGCAAACCAGGUUACAGUGGCGAAUUUUGUGAACAGCGAAUUGAUCAGUGUGCUUCGUCGCCUUGCAUGAAUAAUGGCACCUGUUUUGAUGAAGGCGCUUCCUUCAGAUGUGUUUGUGCUAACGGAUGGACUGGAGACACAUGCGAGCAGGAGACCGGCAGCUGUGAUUCGCAUCCAUGUCGUAACGACGGUCGUUGCGUAAAUCUUGUAGCCGAUUAUUUCUGUGUCUGCCCUGAAGGUGUGAGCGGAAAAGACUGUGAAAUUGCACCCAAUCGUUGUAUUGGUGAGCCAUGCCUCAAUGGUGGAGUCUGUGGAGAUUUUGGCUCGAGGCAAGAGUGCAGUUGUCCCAAAAAGUUCACCGGAACAGGUUGUCAAUAUCUUCGAGAUCCAUGUUCCGAAAAAGUCUGCCAGAAUGGAGGUAUAUGCUCUAAAAAUGCCGACUCAGGAUUCCAUUGCGAUUGUAAACCAGGUUUCACUGGACUCCACUGUGAGACAAACGUCGACAAUUGUGCUCGAACACCCUGCCCUAUGGGGGCAACGUGCGUGGAUCAAAUCGACACCGCUUACUGUAGAUGUCCAUUCAAUAUGACAGGACCAAACUGUGAUAAACCUAUUGAUGAGGACUACGACUUGCACUUCUACGAUCCUCUUCGACCAGCGAGCGCAUCGCUUGCCUUACCUUUCCACAUAAUGUCAAAAACUCUUACGUUGUCCAUGUGGGUGCGGUUCGAUCAGACACAGAGCAAGGGGACAGUAUUCACCAUGUACAAUAGCAAACAAGCAAACUACAGUUCUGAACUGGCACAAGUACUGAAAAUUGAUUCGGAAGGCGUGAAUGUCGCGAUCCUCCCCGAUAUGAAUCCCCUACAACUUCAUUUCCCACCAAGUCAAAGAAUCAACGAUGGAGUGUGGAACCAUCUGGCUUUCACUUGGUCAUCGCAAAACGGUGGCUAUUCCCUGAUAUGGAAUUCUGUUCGAAUAUUCUCAGAGAUAGGCUAUGGAACCGGACAUGAAAUAGAUUUGAACGCAACUAUCACGCUCGGCAGCGAUAACGACAGUGAAUCUUCGUUCGUGGGUUCAGUGAGUCGUGUUUAUGUGUGGAAUCGAGUUCUGGACUUCGACAGCGAGAUCCCAAUGAUGGUAGUGAGCUGCCACGGAAAUGAGCUGGCUUAUGAUGGAUUGUUGCUGAGAUUCUCCGGAUAUACGGACAUGCAAGGAAAAGUAGAGAGAUUACCAAGGAGCACAUGUGGUCGCGAAAAACGUAAAAGACAAGAGGAAGCCGUAAUUCGUGCAGAGGAUUGCCCUGCGGACCAGUAUAUAUUGACAACACAACGCGAAAUCAAUGUAACAUGGCCAGAACCACAUUUUGUUGGAGACAAUCCUUUGGAGAAGGUCGAGAGGAACUUCAAACAAGGACAGGUGUUCACUUGGGGCGAAUACAAUGUUCUUUAUGUUGCUCACGAUAACUCAUCAAACACUGCCGAAUGUAGUUUCAAGAUCCACAUCUCCCGAGAACAUUGCCCUCCGCUAGAGGAUCCAGUGAAUGGGGUACAAGUUUGCGAAUCUUGGGGACCACAUCUACGUUACAAGGCUUGCUCGAUAGAAUGCCGUGAAGGUUAUGAGUUUUCGAGAUCACCUGCUAUAUUCUACACUUGUGCGAGUGAUGGAGUUUGGAGGCCAAGGAACCGUAAUCAAAUGGUGUUCAGAUAUCCUCAGUGUACGAAGUCUCUACCUGCUACGCGCACGAUUCUUCUUCGAGUCGCUUAUCCAGGAAAAUCACCCUGUACGGAAGCAAGCAAAGAUGCUCUGAAAUCUAAACUAAUGGCAAGCAUCAACACAAUCAAUCAGAAAUGGGACAUGUGUGCGUUGACCGAUGCGAACGGCUGUGUCGGUGCUAAAAUCGACGUCGAUUGUUCGGAAGAGUUUGCUCGGGCGAAGAGGAGCACCCAGACUUUCAAUGUUCGCGUUGAACUGCCCGUUAAAAGGGACCUCAUAGCGAACUCUCUCACUGGCCAAAAGACCAAGCUGACGGAAGCACUUCAGAAUGAGAUAAUCAAUCAGGAUGCCUUCAACAUGGAAAAGGUGCUCCCAAGUGGUCGACCAGAUCUGUCAUCGUUCCAAGUAUCUGAUGAGUUUCAUUGUCAAGUAGGGCAGGUCACUGUCGACGAUCUCUGCGUGCCAUGCUCUCCCGGAUCGUACCAUUCGCUUACAACCUCAAAGUGCGAACUGUGCGCUGAGGGCGAAUAUCAGCCACUUCCUGGAAGAACGGAAUGUUUCAAAUGCCCGGAAGGCCAAAUCACAGCUGGUGAAGGAGUUAUAAAUGAGAACGAGUGCAAAGCUAAUUGUCCACCUGGAAACUACUUUGACAUGACAACGUCGAGCUGUUCACCUUGCGGAUACGGCUUCUACCAACCUCGACCGGGUACUUUUGAAUGCAUUGCUUGUGAUGUUGGUAAAACGACGAUGUCUGAGACGGCUACGAAUGAAGAUGAGUGUCGAGACGAGUGCCCAGACGGUGAGCAUCUAUCAUCUUCUGGAUCGUGCCAACCGUGUCCAGCUGGAACUUAUCGAACUCGCGGAGAACACAAACAGUGCAUAAGUUGUCCACCAGGAACCACCACUGAAUCCGUUGCAUCCACGAAGAGAGAGCAGUGCAACACUCCCAGAUGCAAAGUUGGACAAUUCCUAGUGAAAGAGACGAAACAUUGCCAGUCGUGCCCUCGCGGUACCUUCCAAGACGAGGAGCAGAAGUCGACGUGCAAGCUCUGCCCUACUGACCAUACCACAGCAUCUCAGGGAGCCACGGCUGAAUCACAAUGCUAUUCGACAAACCAAUGCGCUACUGGUGAGGACAACUGCUCCUGGCACGCACACUGCAUAGAUCUACCUGAUGACAACGACGUUCCAUCGUUCCAGUGCAAAUGCAAACCCGGCUACAGGGGCAACGGAACAUUUUGUCAAGAUGCGUGCACGAACUACUGCCUAAACGAUGGCGUUUGUAAGAAGAAUCCAGUCGGUUAUGUGGAGUGCGUAUGCAAAGUGAAUUUUAGUGGGGAACGUUGCGAAGUUCGCUUCCAACCAAAAUCACAACGUGUCGCCAUCAUCACUUCUGCGAUAGGAGGGAUCGUGGCCGUUCUUAUCGUGAUUGUCAUUGUCAUCUUCAUGAUAUCGUUCCGCUUUAACAGAGCUACAGUGGAUGUAACCGACAAGGUGCACAUAGAUGACCUACAGCAGUCGAAUUUCGUCUACGGAAGGCAAGCUAUAGAGCCACCUCGUCCGAUCGGGUAUUACUACGAAGAUGACGACGAGUACGAGUCCAAGACGAUGUAUGUCUCGCGGGACGAUGACUCCAAAGACAUCGAACAGCGACGGCGAAUCGCCGAACAGCACAUGUACCGGCCUGGUCAGACGGAGUAGACUCUCCCCCACCCAAGCUUAUGCUGGCGCAAGAAUCGGUGUCUACUUCUUCUAGGAGAAUCAGCAAACGUGUAAAUUGUUACCGUAUUUUGGAUGUUUGUACACACAGAGUGUAGUAACUAUAUUGAAUGUGCAAUAUAUUAGUGGUAUGUAAUUACAGUUGUCAUUGCUUGUUCUUGACAUUCCAUUUCUGCUCAACAAAUCAAGUGCCUUUCAAUUCGCUAUCAUUGCCUCAUCGAUCCUGAGCCCC